CAGCUCAGCUCCUCCCCAAUUGCUUGCUGUGCUGGAGGUUGCAGAGAGCAGAGCCCCAAUUGGUAUCCUGCAGAUCUGGCCGGCGAUUUGCUGUGGCCGAAGCAGGUGGGCGGCUCUGCAGGCAGCAGGGAAGUGCUUUGUAGCUGCUCGAUCGCCUCUUGUCUUCCGGGACGGCAUUGCCCAAUGUACCGGAUAGAAGUAGGAUUGUGUCAACAGUCUGGUGUCGAGUUGGAUCCCUGGAGUAUUGGACAGGUGUGUACCCAGGUUUAGCUUCACGAACAGCUGUUUAUGGUUGGGUAAGAGUCGUUGCAGCACUUGUUGGUGGCGGUAAGGAUUCUUCCAUGAAAUAGCGAGUUCUGUAUGCGGUGACACCUGAAAUCUUUUCUGCGUCCUUCUAGAAACUCCUCAUGUGUAUCAUUUUUUUCAAAUUUGAUCCCCGGCCGGUCUCUAAAAACGCUUAUAGGCUCAUUCUAGCAGCCAAUCGUGAUGAGUUCUAUCACCGACCUUCCAAACCAGCUGAUUUCUGGGAAAGUAAUAAUGACAUCCUUAGUGGUUUGGACUUGGAAGCAGGGAAAGAAGGAGGAACUUGGUUGGGUAUCACUAAAAGAGGAAAGUUUGCAGCUCUUACAAACUAUUUGCAACCAAAAAUAGAUGUGCAUGCUAAAGGUAGAGGCUCCCUGGUAUCCAACUUCUUGACUUCUGAUCUUGACAGCUUUUCAUACCUAAAGAAGAUAUCUGCUGAGGGACAUCGUUACAAUGCCUUUAACUUGGUUGCAGCAGAUUUUAACAACACAAAGGGAGAUGCAAUUUACUACUAUGGAUCCAAAGGAGAACGAGAACCAGUCCAAUUAACAGCAGGACUGUACGGCCUAAGCUGCAGCCUGCUGGAUACUCCUUGGAAGAAACUCCAACAUGGGAAGAAUCUUUUUGCCGACAUCAUCAAAAGGAGCCAGGACAUUGCCAGGGAUGACUUUGUGCAGGAGCUCAUUAAAGUGAUGAAUAAUGAAGAGCCGCAGUUACCGGAUCCAGCUAUAGAAGAGCAAGGAAAGGACUUUGUCCGGCCAAUCCUAACCAGCUAUUCAGCUGUGUGUGUACGGUGCCCGGGCUAUGGGACAAGGACUAACACCAUAGUUCUGAUUGAUGGGGAAGGACACGUGACCUUCACAGAACGUACAAUGCUAAACUGUGACAUCACUCAGUGGAAAACUAGUACUUAUCAGUUUAAGCUGCAACAGUAACACAUCUUCAUUACAACAAGUCUAUGUACCAAGGAUAAAUAUACAUAUCAAACUCAUUGAACUUCUGGUGCCUAAGAAUGAUGAUAAAGUAGAUUAAAUUAUUAAAAUUUUUUAUCUUCUUAACCAGCACAAACCCAUAGAACCAAAAGAGUCCAGCAAUGGAAUUGAAAGCACAGGCUCUAAUGUGUGUAAUGUUACCAUUUGUGUAUACAGAUAUUUUUUUAUGUGUUUUUAUCUGCUUUGCGUUGCAAGCACAUCGAUCUACCAAAUGCUUAGGAACCUGAAAACCUCAGAUGGUUUGCAAGCACAUCAGAAUAUGUCAUAUGAGGCCGAAAAUGAAAGAUGGGAGUUUCUCAUCUCUACCCUUCGGGUUAUGUCUUUUGUUCAUUAGUAGAUUAUGUGGCUAAUAUUGUAAGCAAAUAAUUGCAUUGGUUUGCAGUGAGAUGCCAUUCCAUUAAGGUCUUUUCCAUUAGUCUUGUUUACUUUCUUGUCUAAUCUUAAAAUAAAUGAUCAUUUAACGAGUGAUCCUAGGAGGCAGGUUGCUAUGAAGAAAAACGUUUUAUCAUGACCGCAUGAUUAUCAGAUUACUAGCUAUCCAGUUGGCCAUAAAUCAUACUUUAAUUAUUAAAAAUUGUAUUUCUCUUUUCUUCACAGAA